UGGGAAAAGAAAGAAGAAAAGAAGAAGCUCAAGUUGUAUUACAACCAUCUAAGCUCGUGCUCGAACCGAGUUCAGAUUGCCCUCAACUUGAAAGGUUUGGAAUGCGAGUACCAAUUUGUGAACUUGUCAGAAGGAGAGCAACUAAGCCCUGAGUUUAAAAAGCUCAAUCCCAUUGGUUAUGUGCCGGUGUUGGUUGAUGGAGACACUAUCAUUUCCGAUUCCUUGGCUAUCAUAACGUACCUCGACGACACAUAUCCUCAACAUCCACUACUCCCUCGUGAUAUUGACAAAAGAGCUAUCAAUAUUCAGGCUGCAAAUAUUGUUGCAACAAGCAUUCAACCUUUCCAGAAUCUGGCUAUAGCGAAAUAUACGGGAGACAAUGUCAAUCGUGAAGUGAAGGUUAUUUGGGCAAAGUACCAUAUUAAAAAAGGCUUCGUGGCUUUGGAGAAGCUGUUGCAUGAUCAUGCUGGGAAAUAUGCCACUGGAGAUGAAGUCUGUCUGGCCGACUUGUUUCUAGCACCACAGGUCAAUGCAGCCAUCAAAAGGUUCAAUGUUGACAUGAUGCAAUACCCACUUUUGUCUAGGCUUAAGGAGGCAUAUGAGAAGCAUCCAGCCUUCAAGGAUGCUUUGCCGGAUAUCCCACUUCAAUCUUAGCCUUGUUACUGAGAGAAUGGGCUGUCAAAAGUCCGGGCAGAGCUGUCACAAUGGCUAGCUGACUGUGGCAUUGUGGAAUGGAAUAAACCCCCCCAAAAGUGUCCUCCAGUUGGUUCAACAUCUUCGUUGAAUCCUAUGUAAUUGUUCCAUUGUCGAAUGUCGAAUGUCAAAUGUCAAAUGUCAAAUGCUACUUAACUCUACCACAUAUAUGUAUGAGCAUCCUUAUGCUGCUAUGAUCAGACCAUUUACAG